AAAUUGAGAAGGAAACGCCACGUUUUUGCCUCACUGUUUAGCCCUCAGGUGUGUUUUGUGUGUGUGUGUGUGUGUGUUUAUGAUCAAACAGACUUGGAGUGUAUGUUUGCUCUGUAAUCUCUGGCUCAACCUGUCUGAUAGGUGUGGGCUGGCUGGCACUGACUUGCGCAGGUAUGAGGAGUAGGAAGAGCAAUCCAGCACAGUCUUGAGAGAGGAGGGAAACGGAUUCACACACACACACAAACACACACACAAAAAAAAAAAAUCCUCACACACAAAGAGGCAACGGGACAGAGGAAGAGGAAACGUUGGGAACCAGGAAAAGCUGCAGCGGAGAAGAGCAAACACAAAAGGAGAGUGUUUCAGAAUGUGAAAUAAGCUGGAGGAGAUUCUUUUACUGCAGUUUCGACAAAUGGAUGUUGGAUUCUAAUGUGGCAUUUCAGGCUCUGGGAUGUACAAGAUGUGGCUGUGUUUCUCAGCAUCGCAUUAUAUAUGUGCCACCUAGCCGGCGCCAUUUCCAUCCGCUCUCCCCAGAGGAGCCUGACCAGGUCCGUGCAGGAGGACGUGGACUUCUCAGUGGACAUAACCUGCAGCGGGACCCCCACCAUACAAUGGACCUUCAUGUCGGGGCUGGUGAGCCGCAGCAUCGGCAGCUGGAAGCCGGGGGUUUACACCAACAUCACGGCGGAUUACAGCAGCAGAGUUCAGGCCCACGGCAACGGCUCCAUGGGCCUGUCGGACCUCAGGCUGCAGGACGCCGGCUUCUACGUGGUCACGGUCACAGAGGAGACGGGAAACAGCAAAGACUUCGGCUUCGUCCUGAAAGUGAACGAGGUGCUGUAUGAGGACCUCCAGUACCUGGUGGUCACUGCCCUGGCGCUCGCCUUCCUGGUCGGACUCCUCAUGUUGUCCAUGUGGCUGCUGGACAAGGGCUACAGGAAGUUUUUGGCUUGGAGACAAAGGAAACAGAUGCCAGAAAACGACGCGACAGAGCUGCAACAUCUGGACGGGACGGCGCCGUGAAAACAAGAGACGGAUUUUU